AUGGGCAUAAAAGAUCUGUGGAAUCUUCUGACUCCUCACAUGGAGCGGAAGCCGUUGUUCGAAUUGAGUAAUAAAGUGGUUGCUAUCGAUCUUUCCGGCUGGGUGUGCGAAAGUUUGAACGUCGUCGAUUACUUUGUGCAUCCGCGGUUUUACCUUAGAAACUUAUUCUUUCGCACAUGUUAUCUUUUGCAAACUGGAAUCGUACCCGUCUUUGUGCUGGAAGGUACCGCACCAGCAUUAAAGUAUGGAGUGAUCGUUAAGCGCAAUCAGAUGCAGUUUCGUGGAGCACGACCAAAGAAGAUUGCAAACUGCGAUAAAGCGACCUCGUCCAGUACAGCCGCAACAGAAAAGGCUGGUAAACCGGUGGAACAGAAGCGGAACCGGUUUCACUACGUCCUGAAACAAUGUGAGGAACUGUUAAGCGCUAUGGGUCUGAUAUGCGUACAAGCGCCCGGAGAAGCGGAAGCUCUCUGUGCCUAUCUGAACCAGGACAAUCUCAUCUACGGUGUGAUCAGCCAGGAUUCGGAUUGUUUCGCGUACGGUGCCGUACGAGUGUUUCGCAACUUUUGUGCCUCGCAAAGCGGUGGUUCGGUUGAUAUUUACGAUUUGAAACGAAUCGAUACCAGUGUGCUUCGAUUGGGACAGGAAAAGAUCGUUGCUAUGGCACUGCUGUCCGGGUGCGACUACUGUCCGGCGGGUGUUAUGGGUGUGGGCAGGGAAAUGGUUACACGAUUCAUAGGCUGCUAUGAUAAUGGUGAAAUUUUACCUAAAAUUCGCUCAUGGCGUAAAACAGCCGAUCGGUUGACGGAACUGGAAAUUCGAGCAGAGGAUAAAAACAUUUGCUCCGAUUGUGGACACGUUGGGAAGCAGCUGCAGCAUCGUAAGGCUGGAUGUUUGGACUGUAGGACAAAGCCGGGUUGUAAUGAAAUGCGCUGGAAGCAACAACGAUGUAACAUUAAAACUGAACUGGAUAUUAAACGGAAAGCGCUGAAAGAUCCGGACUUUCCGCAUGAACCGAUCAUAGAUGAGUUUCUUAAGAGACCAUGCGAAUUGCCAGCCCUGGAUUUAUCAUGGCGGCAGCCAAAUUUAGUUAAAUUCAUUAAAAGUAUGUCCACUUAUCUGCAGUGGAAUGAGCUGUACUGCUUUCAAAAGUUAUUGCCACUGUUCACACGCUGGCAGGUGUACGUGACAAAGCAUCCGACGAUUAAACGUUCCAGCGUAUUCCUCGAUCCGGAUCACAUUAAGAAGAAACGAUCUCCAAAAGGUAUCGCCAGCUAUGAGAUUGUAUGGAAGGAUGCAAAAAACAUGUUCAGCGGACUAAUUCCACAGCAACAGAUUGAUUCGUAUCUGGCCGAGGCGGGCAAUACGUUGGAAUCCUUAUGGAGUACUAUCGAACCGCAUGAUCUGGUACAGGAUGCAUAUCCGGAACUAGUUGAAGCUUUUCUUACAAGCAAAACAAAGGGUAGAAAGAAGAAAGGACCUUCUACAGUUGAUGGACAAGACAAACCCAAGAAAAAAGCACCAACAAAGAAAGUGAAAGCCCAAGUUCCGCUAAAGGAUUUUCUUGCAAAAUCAAAGGACAAAAAGAAAGCAACGGAAAAGGAGGAACGAAGCAGCGGAAGCGAUUUCGAAAAUCGACCAAAUACCCUGAAUCUAUCAUCUGAGGAUGAGUUUGAUUCGGUCGACCAUUUCCUUAACUUCACCGCCGAACUGGAAGCGAUCGCAGAAGAUCGCACCGCAAACGAUACCUUCAAUUCGUCUGCUUUAAUUGACCGUUUAUGUCGUCCAAACUAUCUACAGCAAGCACUCGAAGAAUACAUGCAAAUCAUCGAAACGGAAAAAAGGAGUAAAGCGUUACAUAAUCUAUUGUCCCAAAGUGUUGCCUUGUUGCCUACGUUGGAGCAAUCCAUGGAACCGACGGAAGAUCUUAGCAACGUCCAACAUCGGAUUGUUCUGAAACGAGACAUACUAAACGCAUCAAUUGGUAGUGGUUUUGGUGUACAGCUGAACCAAUCCUUAGGACGGUCGACAGGAGCAAGUAAAAAGAAGCGUAUGAGCUUCUUUUUUGAACCAAUAGACAUUCCACCACCGGAGCAACCAGAGGUUGAACAUGAACCGGAAGAAAUGGAUAUGUUCGAGUGUACUCUAAUGCUUAAGGAUCAAAUUGUGGUUGAACCAUGCGAAGACGACGAUGACAUCAACCAGACGAUCAUUUACGAUAUAGAUUUUUAA